AUGGCUUCAAGUUCUCUCUCUCUGUCCUUUCCCUGCUUCAAACUCAAGUUUUGGUUGACUUUUAUUACAUGUCUUAUUGGUUUAACUUCAGCUCAGUUAUCCACUAAAUUCUAUGAUAAAAAGUGCCCAAAAGCCCUUCGCAUCAUUAAUAAAGCAGUGGGAGAUGCUGUGAACAAAGAGCGUCGCAUGGGGGCAUCCUUGCUUCGACUCCAUUUCCAUGACUGCUUUGUUCAAGGAUGUGAUGGAUCAGUGUUGUUAGAUGACACAGCAAAUUUCACUGGGGAGAAAAGUUCUUUUCCAAACCGUAACUCCCUUAGGGGUUUUGAGGUCAUAGACAACAUCAAAUCUCAAUUGGAGAGUUCGUGCCCCGGUGUUGUCUCUUGUGCUGACAUCGUAGCCGUUGCUGCCAGAGACUCUGUUGCUGCUCUUGGUGGACAAAGAUGGGAUGUACAAUUAGGCAGAAAAGAUUCAACCACAGCAAGUUUAGAUGAAUCUAAUUCAGACUUACCUGCUCCCUUUUUGGAUCUUAGUGGCCUUAUCACUGCUUUCGCCAAGAAAAAUUUCACAACCAAAGAAAUGGUUACUUUAUCAGGAGCUCACACAAUAGGCCUAGUGAGGUGCAGUCUAUUCAGAGCAAGGGUUUAUAACGAGACAAAUAUAGAUCCCUCAUUUGCAGCAUCAAUGCAAGCAAAGUGUCCCUUCGAAGGUGGUGAUGACAAUUUAUCUCCUUUCGAUUCCACCACUCCAUUCAUUUUUGACAAUGCUUACUACAAGAACUUGGUGAAGAAAAAGGGUCUCGUACACUCGGACCAACAACUCUUCGUGAAUGGGUCAGGAGGACCCACAGACUCUGAAGUAGUUACAUAUAGCAGAAACAUGGGACGUUUCAAAAAAGACUUUGCAGACGCAAUGAUAAAAAUGAGCAUGCUUAGACCUUUAACUGGCUCAGGCGGUGAGAUCAGGAAAAACUGCAGGGUGGUUAAUUAA